CUGUAGGAUGGGCAUGGCGUGCAGCUGCUGAGCAUUUGAGCAAGAAAUGGAAAUACGUGCAACAGAAGGAACUGGCCCGGGCAUCGGAGGGGAAUACAGUUUUGCCAAUGAAGAAAUUAUUAAAUUAACCUAUCGUUAAGAUUUUUAUACCGAGAUGUUGCGUCUCACGCGGAAACGUUGGACUAUAUGCACUAUAAGCAUCCUUCUGAUUUUCUACAAGACGAAAGAAAUAACUAGAAGUGAAGAACACCAGGAAGCUCCACUCAAUGGGGAGAGUGAAUUUAGCACUUUCAGACUGAUGGUUAACGGCUCAGAGAAAGGCUUCAACAGGAGAGUGCCUUCCUUUCCCCAGCACUCCGUUGAAGGAUGGCGAGUCAAUUCAUCGCUAGUCGUCAUGAUAAGGAAGGAUAUUCUUCGUUUCCUGGAUGCAGAGAGGGAUGUUUCUGUAGUGAAGAGCAGUUUCAAACCUGGGGACACCAUACAUUAUGUCCUUGACAGACGUCGGACGCUGAACGUCUCACAAACACUGCACAGCUUGCUACCCGAAGUCUCACCGCUCAAAAACAAGCGAUUUAAUACUUGUGCCGUGGUAGGCAACUCUGGUGUUCUUCUCAACAGCAGUUGCGGGAAGGAAAUUGACAGCCAUGAUUUUGUCAUACGAUGCAACCUUGCGCCGUUGACUGAGUAUGCUGACGACGUGGGCGUGAGGUCUGAUUUCACCACUAUGAAUCCAUCGGUCAUCCAGCGGGCCUAUGGUGGCCUGAAGAAUGUCAGUGAUGCUGAACGCUUCGUCCAGCGCCUGGGGAUGCUUAACAACAGUGUUCUCUGGAUUCCCGCCUUCAUGGUGAAGGGCGGUGAGAAGCAUGUGGAGUGCGUCAAUGAGCUUAUCGUCAAGCGCAAGCUGAGGGUGAAGACGGCUUACCCGUCCCUCAGACUGGUACAUGCAGUCCGCGGGUACUGGUUGACUAAUAAGAUCAAUAUAAAACGACCCAGUACUGGACUGUUAAUGUACACAUUGGCCACUCGCUUCUGCAAUGAGAUUCACCUAUACGGAUUUUGGCCUUUUCCAAGGGACGCAAAUGGAAAUAUGGUGAAGUACCACUACUACGAUAUGCUGAAAUAUCGAUACUUCUCCAAUGCAGGUCCUCACAGGAUGCCUCUUGAGUUCAAAACACUGAAAAUGCUACACAGCAAAGGCGCCCUGAAGUUAACAACUUCUAAGUGCACACCUUAAAGUGCUCAGACUUCAUGUAAAAAAAAAAGUGAGUGUGCCUUUUUAAUGAACAAUGCUAAGGUACUUAACAGAAUGUAAUUGGGUUUGUUCAGAAUGUGUGAAUGUCUGGUUUGGUAUUAUAAGAUUUAAACCAGGAAACCAACCACUUAAAGUUAAGUGUUAAGAGUUAUUAAAUUGAUCACACCUAUUAAUUCAUGGGUCAUCUCAGUAGGUGUCUAAGAGACAGCAUAUGACUAAGUUUGUUCAGUUAUUACCUUUUGGAUUUGGGGACAAAAAAACGUGCCCACAAAUGUAAUUCCAAAGAUGGAUUGCGUUGUUCUUCUUGAACUGGAAACAUAGGAUUUAGAAGCAUCAGGGCAAUUCUUUUUUCUUUUUUUUUGUCUAAAUGUCAUCUUAAAUUUUAAACAUGGAUACAGUUUGUAAGUCAUGGCUCUUUCACAUGUGUGAUUGCCUGGACACACCUUUUCAAAAAACUCCAAUGUUAAACUUAACUGAAUGUAUAUUUGCCCAAACCUUUGGGAUGAAUUGUCAUAUGUAGCAAUUGCAAAUCAUAAAGUUAUACCUUAUUAGGAAAAUAAUACAUAUCUGAAACAUACCGUAUUGCUUCAAUUUAAACGCUGCAGCGUUUAUAAAAAUGUUUAUUUUUGGUGCUGCGUUUAUUCGAGGGCGGCAUUUAAUUAGUUAGAGAGAUUUAGUGAAUUGUAGCUGCAGUGCAGCCAUAGACAAACAGAGAAUAGACAAGGUAAUACCCAAAGCCAAGUGUAAAAUGGAAGCCGCGAUUGUGUCUAUAGCCUACUGUGUCGAAAUCUGAAGCAGCAUGUUGAAACGUUCUUACAUUUUAGCUUUCAAACAGAAAGCUGUGCAGAAAGCACUUACCAACAGCAACAGAUCUGUAGCACGCAAACUUGGGGUUGAUGAAAGGCAAAUUAGCAAGUGUCAAAUUCAAUUUUAUAUUGUACACUUGUGAUUUACCUGUGUAAUAAAUAGGCUACUGUGUUUUAAUUUAAUCAAUUAAAUAACCGUUUUCUGUUUGUUUUUUGGUGCGCCUAUUAAUCGACGGCGGUGUUUAUUACACAAUGUUCAUUUUUGGUGCUGCAUUUAUUUGAGGGCGGCGUUUAUUUGAGGGCGGCGUGGAAGAAAUACGGUACUUCCAUGUCAGUCAUAUUUCACACAGAAGCACCCAUUAAGGGUUUGAUACAAUGUUUGGACUAGUGUAUGCUCAUUACGAAUUAAAUGCAGUGUGUGUGUGUAAGACAUUUACAGAUUUCUUGAAUCGGCUUGAAUGUAAUGCAUUUGUCCUCCUAACGUUGAUUCAAAUUAAUGUUUGAUAGCCUAUGUUCUCUUGAAGAGCUGAGUAUGCUCUUCAAUUCUUAUUGCCUGCCAAGUUUUAACAGAUUCAGGAAUAUAAUUAAUUUUACAAAUCUGGUUGCUAGCACCUGAGAUUGAUUAUGUCCGGGCCCUAGUGCAUUAUGAAGGCAGUGCACUUCUGCUAAGUAAUGGCAAGAAUUUCUGAAAAUAAAGUUAGUUUUACAAUUUGUACAUUUGAUCUAAUUGGAUAUAUGUCUACAUUUUUUUUAUUGUAAUAUAGGCCAUAGAAUGUGAAAAUGUAAAUACAUGGUAUUGAAUAUGAAAUCCAAUAUGAAUGUUGAUUAAUUACUGUAGGCAAUUAAAACAAUGUGACCUAUAUUUGAUUUGAAUACAUUCUCUCAUUGAACAGCGGCUCUUGUGUAUCUCACUUCUUAAUUUAUUGAAUCACCAAAGGUCGCAGAUGGACAUAAAAGCCUUAUUUAUUUUUCCUGUAAGAAAUAUGGAGGUUUGUUUUCAUAUUCUUCAAUUGUUUUUAAUUGUUCAAACGUUUGUGUUUUAUACACUGACGAUUUUUUCUAGCGAUAUGUAAGCGCUGUCCUUUAGUGUCAGUCGUUACAGAUGUUGAAUGUGGAGUUUUCAUUAAGAAAUUUAUACCAAUUACUUUGCAAACUUUACAGCUUAUUAUUUUCACUUUCUUUUUGUACAAUGUAAAAUUUCUUUUUGUGAAAGGUUGUUUUAGAAAAACAUAAUAAAGUUUGUAUAUUGUAAA